AUGUCAAACAUAAGAUUACAGGUGCUUCAGGCAGUUCCUUCGAUAGACCCGAUUGUUGCAGACUACGCAGUUGGGUAUAUUCAACAUGUUUCUAAUUCUACUGAAGAUAGUGUUUUGGCUCAACAAGUUGAUAUUAAUCAAGAAAUGAAUUAUAUAAAAGAUUUAUUAGUUGAUGCUGGUGGGGUUGAGGAUAAAGUAUCUGGAUUAUCUACUACUUUGAAUCAACAAUUAACUAAACAAUUGAAAGAUAAUGUUGCUAAAUUAGAAAUUACUGGUGAUACUUCUAAAAGAUUGUUGGAUGUUAAUUUAUUACGUCAAAAUAAUAGUAAAAGAGAUAUUAAUUCUUCUUUAGCUUUAUUAAGUGCUAGUAAUGAUAUUGAGCAUACUGGUAGACAAAUGGAAAGUAGAGUUGAUAAGAAGAAAUUAGAAAAACAAGAACGUAAAAUUGCCAAAAAAGUUGCUAAAAGAAAUAAUAAAUUUGUUCAAUAUGAAGCUUCUAAAUUAUUAAAUGAGAAACAAACUGAUGAUUAUGACUCUUUCUUUUUGGAAAUUAAUCCUCUUGACUUCGGUUCAAGUGCUGGUAAAUCAAAAGAUAUUAAAAUUGAUAAUUUCGAUUUAUAUAUUGGUGACGGUCAAAGAAUUUUAAGUGAAGCUUCUUUAACUUUAGCUUACGGUAGAAGAUACGGUCUUGUUGGUCAAAAUGGUAUUGGUAAAUCCACUUUAUUAAGAGCUUUAUCAAGAAGAGAAUUAAAUAUUCCAAAACAUAUUUCAAUUUUACAUGUUGAGCAAGAAAUUAGAGGUGAUGAUACUCCUGCAUUACAAAGUGUUUUAGAUGCUGAUGUUUGGAGAAAAAAUUUAUUAGGUGAAGAAUCAAAAAUUACCGAAAGAAUCAAUGAAAUCGAAAAAUUAAGAGUUGAAUUUGAUGAAGAAAGUAAUGAAGUUAGAAAAUUAGAUAAUGAACGUGAAGAUUUGGAAAAACAUUUACAAGAUAUCAAUGAUAAAUUAUAUGAAAUGGAAUCUGAAAAAGCUGAAAGUAGAGCUGCUUCAAUUUUAUAUGGUUUGGGUUUUACUAAAGAAUCUCAACAUCAAGAAACAAAAUCAUUUUCUGGUGGUUGGAGAAUGAGAUUAUCUUUAGCAAGAGCUUUAUUCUGUAAACCUGAUUUAUUAUUACUAGAUGAACCUUCUAAUAUGUUGGAUGUUCCUUCCAUUACUUAUUUAGCUAAAUAUUUACAAUCUUAUGAAGCAACUGUCUUGGUUGUUUCACAUGAUCGUGCAUUCUUGAAUGAAGUUGCUACUGAUAUUAUCCAUCAACAUUCUGAAAGAUUAGAUUAUUAUAGAGGUUCGAAUUUUGAUUCUUUCUAUUCAACAAGAGAAGAAAGAAUUAAAAACCAACGUCGUGAAUAUGAAAAUCAAAUGGCUUACCGUAAUCAUUUGCAACAAUUUAUUGAUAAAUUCAGAUAUAAUGCUGCUAAAUCUUCUGAAGCCCAAUCUCGUAUCAAGAAAUUGGAAAAAUUACCUAUUUUAGAACCUCCUGAAGAUGAUAGAGCAGUUACUUUCAAAUUCCCAGACCCAGAUAAUCUUUCUCCUCCUAUAUUACAAAUGCAAGAUGUCACUUUUGGUUAUUCUCCUGAUAAAAUACUAUUGAGAAAUUGUGAAUUAGAUGUUCAAAUGGAUUCUCGUAUCGCAUUUUGUGGUGGUAAUGGUACUGGUAAGACUACUCUUUUAAAAUUAUUAAUGGAACAAUUAAGCCCUCUUGAAGGUUUUAUAAAUAGAAAUGGUAGAUUGAGAAUUGGUUAUUUUGCUCAACAUCAUGUUGAUGCAAUGGAUUUAUCGUUGUCUGCUGUUUCUUGGAUGUCUCAAACUUUUCCAGGGAAAUCAGAUGAAGAAUAUAGACGUCAUUUAGGUUCUUUCGGUAUUAGUGGUACUUUAGGUUUACAAAAAAUGCAAUUAUUAUCUGGUGGUCAAAAAUCAAGAGUUGCAUUUGCAGCAUUAUGUUUAGCCCAACCUCAUAUCUUGAUUUUGGAUGAACCUUCAAAUCAUUUGGAUACCCAAGGUUUAGAUGCUUUAGCUGACGCAUUAAUUAAUUUCAAAGGUGGUGUUUUAAUGGUUUCACAUGAUGUCUCCAUCAUUGAUAAGGUAUGUAGAGAAAUUUGGGUUGCAGAAGAUAGUAAAGUUUAUAGAUUUCCUGGUGAUAUUCAUGCUUAUAAGAAACACAUCCUUGCAGCAGCUGACGCUGCUGGUGUUGUUAAGAAGCAUUAAUCUACACUAUUUUCACCAUAUAAUGUAUUUCUUAUAUAACC